ACAGAGCUGUAAACGGAUCGCUCGAGCAUCGCAGAGAGGGAUGUAGCUGGGUAGGAAGCGGACAGUACACAAGACAGACUUCGUAAUUUAGCUCUCAGAAUAUAGCUCAGCGUGUCAGUCACAGCAGAAAUAUUACUUCACGUCAUGGGAGAGAUCAUAUGUAAUCACAUAAUAACACAGCCUGGAUGUUUUUUCUAACGGACACAAGAAGACGUGCCUGUAAAAGGAACUAUUUAUGGUUUGGGAAGGUUUUAUGGGAGUAGUUAGCUAGCCAGCUAGCAACCUUGCUGGCUCGUUGGAGGAAAUUUUGCAAGGAUGCUACGGUGGAUAAGGCAACAGCUGGUAAGUUAGCCUCUUUGCUAACUAACUAGCUAUAUUUGCUCGCAAGUGUACUUUGCUAUUGAGAAAGACGUUGAUGCACAUGAAACAAUAUGGUGGGGUUGUUUUGAAGAGUUGAACAUCCAACCAGAACUGGCUGCUAUUAGCUAAGUUCGCUUAGUAGGUAACGUUAGCUAGUGAGCAAGUUAUCUAGCUAGCUAGCUCGUUUGUUUACCAAACAUUGGCGUGGCUAGCAACUAACUACUAGUAGGUACAUGAAGCCAUCCAGGCCCACUUAUACAUUCUACUCAAACUUAUUUUGGCUAGCAAGUUUGUUAGCUGUUGUGCCUGAUGAUCUAGCUAGUAGCUAAGCUUUUUUGACAGUAAUAGUUAUGCUAAAAACUAACUAGCCAGCUACUGUAGCUAGCUAUAAUUGGCAUUGGACAGUUUAGCCACAGAUAUGUAACGAGUCGGUGUCAAUGGUUAGCUUGCUACCAUCUAGCUAACUAGCAAGCCACUUACUUUAGCCGCUGCAUUGAAAAGCCAGACAUGCAGGCAGAUGUAUAGAACUAGCUCAGCACUGCCGUUGUAUAACAGUUUGCCUAAAUCUUAGCUACAACGCCUAGCUACCUAGUUAGCUACAGCAGCAUUAGCUAACUAAUUCAGAUUCUAGAAGGCUAUGGCUAGCUAGAACAAUUACUAUUUCCUCUCAAUGAAUCAGGGUUAAGAUCCAAUUCAAGAUCCAUUUAAAUCAGUUCAGGAGAUUAAUUGAAAUGUGUAUUAAUGUGGCACUAGCCUAGUCUUCAAUUAGCAUUUUUCAGUUCAUUAAUUUAAUUUCAAUUAACUUCCUGAAUUGACCCUAAACUCAAUUUUGUUAGCUACAUAGCUAGUAUGCAGAUACAAUACUGCUGCAGAAACAAUCAAAAUCAACUCUCCCCUUUUUGUCAUGAAUAAUUAAUGAAUGCUCUUUUUAGUUGUGGACAGUACACAAGACAUGAGGUGUGGUGCUAAAAAAAACACAUGAGGUGUGGUGCUUAAAAAAACAGCCUACUUGAUGACCUAGCCCUAAUAGUUACUCAUUGACUAACAUAUUGUUUCUGUUGAAGGUCAGGAUUUUGAGUAAUGCAUAUGGUUCGCUGUCUGCCAGUGGAAUUCAGCCAACUGCUUAGCCUACAGUUCUUCAUGAAUACUUGCAUACAGAAUUUGAGAAGUUUAUAAUGCAAGUGACUGCGCAGUGACCUUGACCUUGAUCUCAUGUGAAAGGUUGCUUCAGGAAAAACAAGCAGUCAAGGGGAGUAGUUUAUCUGAGUCAUUUCAUUGAUAUAAUAGUGUUUCCCAACUCCAGUCCUUAAGUACCUCCAACAGUACACAUUUUUUUGUAGUCCUGGACAAACAUACCUCAUUCAACUCAUCAAGGGCUUGAUGAUUAGUUGACAAGUUGAAUCAGGUGUGCUUGUCCAAGGUUACAGUAAAAAUGUAUACUGUUGGGGGUACUCGAGGACCAGGGUUGGGGAACGCUGAUUUAAUGCACCACGGAACAUUGUUUUUCAUAGAAUGGGCUGAAUGUUAUUAUAGAAUGCUCAGGCUACACACAGUAACUGUCACUAUCACCGACCAGCCUAAUCCACUGUAAAUCAGAAUAAUACGACAUGAGGUCAAUUUCUUGCUAAAUGGGAUCAUGGCAGCAGGUGAAUGAUGAUAGGGACUGCCCAGCCUGAGCUGACCUUUUGUAGAUGGGGAUAGUACGGCCAGGGAGGGAGGGGGAUGGCCAAUCCUAUCCCAGCUGCUGUUACCUGCACCACACUCAUUCCCAGUCCUCACUUCAUUAACUUCACACUGAUGCGGUGCCACUCACAGCUGUGCCUUCAGACUGAGCUCCCGAAUGUGAAAUAAUUUUUUUAUCAGAAGGCUGUUCUUCAUCAUGAGAGCCAUCCACAAGUUAGGGUAUAAUGAUGAAUAAUGGUAGUGCAGAGAGCACAAGUAGCCAUUUCAAGUGUUAUAUUCCCCAGGACCUACAAACUAGGGGUACUGCUGUGUGAGGGAUUUGUUUUUACUUUAGAAAAUAUUUAUUUAUUUGAGAUUGUAACCUGUGUCUCAGAUUUGAAAGGUGUUCAAAUUCAAAUGCAGGAACAAAUUAUCUGCUUUGUUUUAGUGUCAACAGAACUAAAACCGUCAGUGAUGAUGGCAAUGCUACCAUAGCAGUGUCGGUUUGCUGACUGCUCACUCACAGAAUAUCCUGAAAUGGGCAAAGGAAACAGUAUCUUACAACACUGUGUGAAACAACCUGUGGUUUACAUUAGUUUCAAGGCAGCCUUGAGCAUUGCAGAGGGGGAGAGAGAGAGCCAUUUGGAAUCCUAUUUAUUUGCCAUUAGUUUUUAAUGAGCUUCUUCAUGUUGUGGUUUGUUUUGAUUUAUUACAGCUCCUCAUUCAUUAUCCCCUCCAUGUAGCUGGGCUCUGGGUUUCCCUCAUGAUGGUAGUUGCAGGCUUUGUUAGAGCAUUAAUUAACUUGACAGUUCUAGGCAUAGGAGGGUCAUGUCAGACCAGGUGACAAAAGCAAUUUCAUCCAAGUUGUAGCUUGUCAGACAGGUAGUAGGCCAAACCUAACUAUAUAUAUUUUUUUUUCUCUCAGAACAACGAGUUACCGUAUGCAGAUGUCUAUCAAAUAAUUAGCUGUGUUGAUGAGUCAGUCAUUCCCUGGCACAGAUGGCCAUAUUGACACUUGUCUCUCAGAAUACUGCUUAGUGGUUACACAAGAAUUUCCAGAAACUCUCUCAACAUGCCUGCCUGGUGAAAAUAUAACUCUCUGUGACAUCGUCAGCUCAACCCCUCUAAAAUUCCAGACAGCAGCACAUACUGUAUACAUCACCUAUGAUAAACUAGUGAUAACAGAUUAUGUUUGAUCACCAAGGAGGACAAAGACUGUACUUUUAAAUGUGCUUGGGGGCUUAACAGCACAGGCAGAUCAUGAGAUGAGAGAUUUUGCCUGGGUUCAGUGAACAUGGCCAAGAUGGUCAGAGCUGUGUGUGUGUAAGAGUGUUGUGCAAACACAUAAGUCCCAUUGAGGAGGGCGGGCUGUGACAGUAAUUGAAUGCAUGUGUUGCUGUCUGGCCUCAGUGACAUGGCCAACUCAUUCUCACUACAGUGCAGGAGAGGAGUCAGAGUCAGCACUAGCCUAUAGGCCCACCUUAUGAAUAUGAUGCAAUGGACAGACAAACUGUCUUUGUUAUUACCCAUCAUGUGGCCCAGAUUAAUUUACUAUCUUUUGAACAUUGUGUACAUAAAUGUUAAUUUAAGAUAGGGCCACCUUAUAGCAUUCUAAUAUUGUUCUUCUUUAGUUCCAUGCAAUAAGGAAGUUAUUGACCAGCCCACUAGUGUAGUUGUUCAGUACAGUGCUUGGUCACUGGCUGCAGGCUAGAAGUGUUUUUCUGACAGAUAAUCAGGGUGCAAAAUAGUGUUAGUAAUCAAUGAGUUAGGCUAUUUAAAUAUAGACUAGGGUGUUUUCACAUAAAGUCCUCUUUAAAGUGUACUCUGGGGUAAAAAUAAAAGCAGAAAUAUGUAUUCACUCUUUGUAUUCACACUGCCCUUGCCUUUGAAUGAGGACUCAACUCUUUUGCCAAUUCACUUCACAUAUUUUGUGGUAUGAGUCCUCUUUUCAUUCACAUUGCCAUAUUUAGAAAGGAACCAAGAUCUUUUUCCAACAUUCACUCCAUGCGCUCUGGGUUUUUCCAUCAGAAUGUGUUAUUGGACAGCUAGAUAUACCUACUUACAUUUUGGAAGAUAAUAGAUUGCAUUUAGUUAAAGAUGCACCAUCGCUCUGCCAUUUCCUGCUUGCUAAAAUUCUAAUAGUUCGCCUAAUUUCAGAUUGUGACAAAACAAGCAAGUAUAGUGUAGAUAAUCAUUGUACCAUCUAAACCGCUGUGAAAUAUCUUUCCCAUAACCAAAAAUAUUGUAUUUUCAGCCCGGGACGCAUAGAAAUAGCGCACAUAGAGCAGAUCUACUGCUCCUUAGACUUGUUUUCAAUGAGAAUGACAGAUCUAAAACUUACAUUUCUAUGUGAAUUUGGUCAGGUCACCCAAAAAGUUACAUAUUGCAGCUUUAAAAGAUGAGCCAUAAUAAUUGUAAAUAUUAUUGGUAACAGAAUAAAUAGCAGAAGAAUAACUGCAGAUUAAAUAAUGCUGUAAUUGAAAAUUGUACACCCAAUGUAGGCUACUGCCCCUUUAAGAGCUAGAAUAGCUUUUGUACCCUAUGUUGCGAUUCUCACCAAAUAUGUUGGCAUCUUCUCACACUAUUCAAACCCCACAAUCAAAUAAAAGGCUUAUGAAGCUCCUCUUCGCCCAUAGAUCACAUAUUGCAAACAAAUAAUCUGAAUUAAAAAACUCUAUACAUAUUUUGGAAUUUCUGUGCAUCCUUGACAAUCGCUAAUCAAUAGGCCUACCCAAAAACAGCAACAACAAAAAAAUCCAGGAACCAGCACAUCAUCUUCUCUCUUUUGUGGCACCAAUGUGAGAGUUUUUGGCAGGGGAAACAGUGUGUGGUAUGGGAAUAAUGACAAUGGAACCUAGGGAGCUUUGUGUUCACAUUGCCCUAAAAAAGGGAAACGGACCGCAAAAUUCAAGCGAACCGAAGUGACCACAUCUCGAGAUGGUCUCAGUUCGGUUCGCUUUGGGGGGCUCUUUUUAGGGGUCUGAGUUCCUUUUAGUGUUCACACUGCACAAAAAAUUAAGCGAACCGCACUGAGUUCACAAAAAUUGGCUGAAAGGGACCAAGUUUGAACACCCUAACUAUUGAAAAACAUUUUGUACUUUUUCUGACAAGUCUCUAGAUAAAAGUUGCCCAUAUUGGUUCUGGGUGAGUGGUAGAAGUUUGACCUGUUCCUUACCCCCUCCUCUCUCUCUCCUCCAGGGCUUUGACCCUCCCCAUCAAAGUGACACCAGAACGGUUUACAUCGCAAACCGCUUCCCUCAACAUGGCCAUUAUGUCCCUCAGCGGUUUGCAGACAACAGAAUCAUAUCAUCCAAGGUAAGGCAGAGGUGUUGAACCCCUAGGUUUUGUGUCAAAAGCAACAACAAAUGUUCAAAUUACUCAACCAUUUUAUUUCAGUAUCAAACAACUCACACUUUGAUGUUCCUGUCCCCCCCCCCCCCCCCUUUUAGUACACCGUUUGGAAUUUUGUUCCCAAGAAUCUGUUUGAACAGUUCAGAAGAAUAGCCAAUUUUUAUUUUCUCAUCAUAUUCCUGGUCCAGGUAAGGGCUUGCCUCAGCACACAGUCUACCAUGAUUCAAACUGUUGCUGGCCUAAAUAUUAUACUAUUACUAAAUAUUGUGCUAUUCAGUGGCCAGUGAACAAUAAUUGCUGUGUGCUCUUGAGCAUACUGUGCUCAAGUAUGCAUCUGGCUACUCUUAGAGGCCACACUUUGAUUUGUGCUUUCUGUGGCCGCCACUGUGUCCAAUUCUAAAUCUAUUGCUUCGUUAUACAUAGUACAAUAUUCAUGAUGCAUUUUCUGCAAUAAGGAUGGCUUCAGCUUACGAAUGGCCAGUGUGCUUUUAGGUUAAAUGAAGAAACGACACUAUUGCCAACUAUUGUCUCCUUUGACAUCAUCUCUUUAUUUUGCAGCUAAUGAUAGACACCCCCACUUCCCCUGUCACCAGCGGACUUCCUCUGUUCUUUGUCAUCACAGUAACUGCCAUCAAACAGGUGAGAACAGCAACAUGUUUACUUCCUAUUUUUUUCUUCAACAUCAACAGUAGAUCCAAUAAAUUGAAUGUGGCUGCUUAUCAUACAUACUGUACUUUGUCUAAAUGUCAGAAUGUCUAGAUGGUUAAAUCUCAUCCCUUCCCUUCCCCCACCACUCAGGGCUAUGAGGACUGGCUGAGGCACAAGGCGGACAACGAGGUGAACGGGGCGCCUGUGUUUGUGGUGCGCAGUGGCAGCCUCGUGCAGACCCGCUCAAAGAACAUCCGAGUGAGUCACCUCACUGUCAUAAUGAGUCCUGCCUUGUACAGCACACCGUCCUAACACUUAGCAUACCCUACACCCACAUUUCAGACAAACAGCUACAUGUCAUAUAACUCCCACUUUUGGCUGGUGCUUUGUACCACUGUGUUAAAGAUUUGUCCGAAAACCAAUUGGCCAGGCCAGGAAUGUAAAACCAAGGUACCACCCACAGUCUCAGGCAUUACAUUCUUUGCUUAAAUGUUGGUACUCACUAGCCCGUGUUAAAUGUCUUCACCAGGUAGUUAUUGAAUAAGAGGAUUUGUUCCCAAUUUAACAAAGGUUAGCCAGAUGUAGCUAGCCGAUGUUAAAAAUCAGCACUCUUCAUUCGUGUACUCUAAUAAUCCACAAGGUAGAAUAAAUCAUACAUUAAAGAUGGAAUCCGCAGUAGGGGAAACACCCCCCACCACCACCAUUAUUGUUUUUAUUGCAGAGCUGAGGAGUGCCAUGGUAAAAAAAAAAAUGCAGGACAUAUUGUGCUCUUCUAUCGCAUGUGCAAUGAUGUCGGAGGGGAACAAAUUGUUUGUUUGCAGUAACUUCUUUGUUUUUGUAAUAUUGCAAACGGAUGUGGCUGUUUCACCAUUAAGGAUUCAAGCUUUAAACUGCCAGAAGAAUAAGUGUAUUCAAGUGCUAUUUUAGUUUGUUGUUCUUCCACAGUUCUGCAGAUGGAAUGCAGCAGUUUUCACAUGGAAAAAGUUUUGCUAUUUUUAAAACAGUGCAUGGUGGCGUUCACUAUUGUCUGUCCAGUCUUCAGAAAAUAUUGGAUUCUGAGGUCGUGGAUAUCAUGGAGGGAGAUUUGCUCCUCAUUCAUCUGUUGUGACGUGUCUGUCUGUGCUGUCUGCUCAGGUGGGGGACAUAGUCCGGGUGGCCAAAGAUGAGACGUUCCCAGUGGACCUGGUCCUCUUAUCAUCGGACCGAGCUGAGGGGACAUGUCACAUCACCACCACCAGCCUGGACGGAGAGACUAAUCUCAAGGUUGGGCUUUUAAUCUUCCAUCCCCGCUCUCUCUUUCUCUCUCUAAGCACCUAAAUGAGUUAGCUUUCCCCUCUCACAAGGGGAGGAAAAACGGCUAUUUCCUUUCAUUUCCAUGAUAGUACUUGUGCAGUCUGUCGAGAGAUCAUGUUUUUGCCAGAGGCAACAUAUCUAAUUAUCUGCUUCUAAUCAAAAUGCUUGUGCCAUAUAACAGUUUAUUUUUUUAUUUAUUUUUUCGUGAAAUUUAUUUUUUGUCAGUUUUUUCUUGUGCAAUCUCAGGGGUGCAGCCUCUGUCAUCAGCCUUCUGUUCCAGCUACUUGUCUUUUAUGGCUGUUUGUUGCAGUAAUGACAUUACAAUCCAUUGGGGGAUGGAAUCGCUUUCUCACUGAGGGGGUUUGAGCACCAGAUUGGAUUUUGCCUCUCAAGCAGUCAAGGAGUGAUUCAGUUAAAUUAUAAAUGUAAACCUAACAAGCCUUGUGGCCUCUUUAACCUUUCAAAGUGUAUUUAUAUUCUAUAAAAGUGCUAUCUUUGUCCCUCUCUGUGGUCCUGUAGACUCACUACUCUGUGCCGGAGACAUUGGUGUCUCAGUCGGUGUCCAGGCUGGAAGCCCUACAUGCUGUGGUGGAGUGUCAGCAGCCAGAUGCAGAUCUGUACAGGUACGCUACAGUCACCCUGCACUCACUGGCCAGUCAGGACGCUGAGCUCUCCUUUCAAUGUCCCCGGAACUGAACAUUAUUAUUUCUCACAUUCACAUUUCUACUGGCCAGAAUGGAGGUAUUUUUUUUAGGGUUGAAUGACAGGACUGUUGGUGUUGCGGUUUCUCUGUUACUCUGUUACUCUCCCCAUUCAGCAGAAAUGUUUCUACUUUCAGGUUUGUCGGACGAAUAACGGUAACACAACAAGGAGAAGAAAUUGUAAGGUGAAAUUGCCAAAUGUGCUAAUUCUAGUUUUUAUCUGUGUUGCAUGGAUGGAGUGGCAGAAAUUGUUUCCAUUUGCUGGUGAAAGAAAAGUUAUUAUGUGGUAUCAUUCGCUAUUUGUCGCUGCCUCCUUAGACCCCUUGGACCAGAGAACCUACUGCUUCGAGGAGCAAGAUUAAAAAAUACCAAAGAAAUUUUUGGUAAGUGGCUUCUGGCUCUCACUGUUGCUAUCCACAUUGUUUUCUGUCCUCAGUUAUCCUCUCAGUUCAACUCAGUUGCCCAGUUGGUUGUUGUCUAUGCAGGGUUCAGUAAAGUUCCACUCUUGAUUUGCAGGUGUGGCAGUUUACACUGGGAUGGAGUCCAAGAUGGCCCUGAACUACAAGUGCAAAUCCCAGAAGCGCUCUGCAGUGGAGAAGUGCGCAUUAGGACAUUCUGCAACUCUGAACACUUCUGAGUUUCCUCUUCUCAUGUUUCAGGUUCAUCUCUAUGUACUGUACAUCAGACUGUGUGUAUCUGUGCUGUUUUUCUCUCAGGUCCAUGAACACCUUCCUGCUCAUCUACCUGGGCAUCCUGCUGUUUGAGGCCAUCCUCAGCACUAUCCUGAAGUACGCCUGGCAGGCUGAGAACAAAUGGGACGAGCCCUUCUACAACCAGAAGACGGAGCAGGAGAGAAACAGCAGCCAGGUCAGUCACUGUCUGAAACACUUUAUUCACACUGAUACAUCAUGGUCUAAAACAGAGGAUCUUAGAUUUCAUAGGAUUCUUGGAUACUUAUUCUUUGCAAAUAGUUUGUGGUUUUGGGGGAUAAUGUGGUGAGUGAGUGAAGGAGGUGGAAAGAUGUAUUAUUUUUUCAACAACUCUUGGUGUGGCUUCCCACGCAGUAGCAGUUGGUAUGACUCAACGUAUUGUGACGGCAUAAGAGAAAGUAGCGCUCACCCUGACAAUUCCCAUCAGUCAAUAAGAAAGGUGCUCUCCUAAAACCUCCAUUCACUUUCCAAUGAGGUCUCAAGCCAUUUGCUGUGUGUCCCUCUCCUCCUCCCACCCACUUCCUUGUUGACAGAUCCUGAAGUUCAUCUCUGAUUUCCUGGCGUUUCUGGUCCUGUACAACUUCAUCAUCCCCAUCUCGCUCUACGUCACCGUGGAGAUGCAGAAGUUCUUGGGCUCGUUUUUCAUUGGCUGGGACUUGGACCUCUAUCACGAGGAGAGCGACCAGAUGGCUCAGGUCAACACGUCCGAUCUGAACGAGGAGCUGGGACAGGUACGGACACCAAGCACUUCAUGAUUAGUCUCAACGUCAUAGCUGAGUUAGUUUGUGUGAGUGUGUAAUGAUCAGCCUCUGUUUAUUUCUGUUCUAGGUGGAAUAUGUAUUCACGGAUAAAACCGGCACCCUGACGGAGAACGAGAUGCUGUUCCGUGAAUGUUCAAUCAACGGUAUCAAAUACCAGGAAAUCAAUGGAAAGCUUGUACCUGAGGGGAUGACGGAUGACUCGCUUGACGGAUCUGUGCCUGAUCUGGUAAAUACCAUUAAAACCUCACAUAUAUAAUAUAAUAUGCCAUUUAGCAGACGCUUUUAUCCAAAGCGACUUACAGUCAUGCGUGCAUACAUUUUUGUGUAUGGGUGGUCCCGGGGAUCGAACCCACUACCUUGGCGUUACAAGCGCCGUGCUCUUCCAGCUGAGCUACAGAGGACCACGAUAUAUCGCCCAAGUGACUUGUGACCAGUAUUUAUCCAUUCACUGUCUGUCUGUCCAUUCAUGAAAUAUACAUGGUUUGUCUGCAUUUCCACCCAUGUGUUAUACUUGUGUUCAUUGACUGUCCUCAUGGCUUUGGACCGUCAGUGGUUUGAUGACUCUAGGUACUGUACUCAUGUCUGUCUGUCUCUCUCUCUGUCUGUCUGCCACCUCUCAGAGUCGGGAGGAGUUGCUGUUCCUGAAGGCAGUGUCGCUGUGUCACACAGUGCAGAUCAGCUACGAGCAGCCAGGCGACGGCCCGGGGGAUCCCUUCUCCCACGCUAACGGCUUCUCCUCCCAGAUGGAGUACUAUGCCUCCUCGCCGGACGAGAAAGCACUGGUGGAAGCCACGAAAAGGUACCCAGGAGGAUAGCUGUCGUGUCAUGCUGUUCAACCCAUGUGUACUGUUGUUGGUUAAUAAAAUCAAUAUCUAUAGCUAUAUGACCAGUGCUGGUACUACAGGUAUUUUUGGACAUACAAGCACUCAAACAAAUGAACAUUUAUUGAGACAAAUGGUUUUCGAGGUUCAGCACAUUCCAGACCACGGUCUGAAUAUUACAGUUAUGGUCAUGUGGGUUAUGUAUGGGAAACAGUCUGCAUGUUACAGUAUUUAUGGUCAGCAAUGUCACAUUAUCAAAUUUAAUUGCAGGAUGGGGGUAACCUUCAUUGGUAGCCAUGGAGAAACUAUGGAAAUAAAAACAUUUGGAAAGUCAGAAAAGUAAGUAUAAUUGUGUAUGAUUGAAAAUUCCAUGGCAUUUUAUGUAGAUGAGAACCUGUACUGUGCAUAACAAGUAAUGUAAUACCUGUAAUUCCCUUGUUCCACAGGUUUAAACUACUCCAUGUACUUGAGUUUGAUGCAAACAGAAGGAGAAUGAGUGUCAUAUUACAGACACCACCAGGUACAGUGAUUUCUCUCCAUAUUAGACUUGAAUGGCUCAUUCAUAAAUAUUGUAUUAGCAUUUCAUUACAUGAGGUCCUCUGUAGCUCAGUUGGUAGAACAUGAUUCUUGCAACGUCAGGAUAGUGGGUUUGAUUCCCGGACCACCCAUACGUAAAAAAAUGUAUGCACUUAUGACUGUAAGUCGCUUUGGAAUAAAAGCAUCUGCUAAAAUGGCAUAUAUUAGAUAGAUAGAUGGAUAGAUGAUGUUACCCACCUUUUGAUUUAGUCCUGUAACGUGGUUCAGUCCAUUUCCCUGUAUUUCAUAUCGGGCCAAGACUGACUAUGACAACUCAUUUGCGAUAUAUUUUGUCUAUUGCUGUAGGGGAAAAAGUACUAUUUACAAAGGGAGCUGAGUCCGCCAUUCUUCCCUUUACUACAAGUGGAGAAAUCGACAAAACCAAAGUACAUGUAGAUGAAUUUGCCUUGGUGAGUAAAACCACAUCACAUCAUAUUAGACAAGGCACUAUGUCCAUCCCUUAUGUGCAGCAGGUUCUUGCUACGCUGAAUGCUAUCUUUUAUUAUCUGUGCUGAAGAGCACACCAGAGCAGUUGGGACACUUCCUGUCUGAAAUGAACACAUGGGUACUUGGAUGCUCACGUGCACAUGGACACCCUCACAUACCACAUUUUAAUUCCACAAGAUUGGAGAUAAACUUCACACGCUAUAUUGAAAUGCCACUUGUCUGAAAAAAGUCCCCACAUUUUUCCAUGCGUAUUGCAAUGUAAAGAUUACUUUUGGUCCUUCCCCCUAGAAUCCCCUAUCAAAAGCAAUAAAUCCAAUUUAUCCAGACAUCAGGAUCUACCGAGAGAUAGUUUUUGAUAGGAUAUACCGAGAGAUAGUUUUUGAUUUGUGACUAGCAGGUGUGUGGUUAUUUGAUAUAGACCCAGUCCCUGACAGCUUCUCAUUUCUCUCUCUUUCCCCUCUUUCUUCCCCCUCUCCAGAAGGGCCUGCGGACGUUGGUGGUGGCCUGCAGACACUUCAGUGUGGAGGAGUAUGAGGUGGUGGACCGGCGGCUCCACGAGGCCCGCACGGCCCUGCAGCAGAGGGAGGAGAGGCUGGCCGAAGUCUUCAGCUUCAUAGAGAAGGACCUGGAGCUGCUGGGAGCCACUGGUGUGGAAGACAAGUAUGUCAACAACACUGUGGCGCAUGUCUGGUCACGGGUUAGCUCAUUAUGAAACCAAGCAAUGUUAUCUGAAAGGGUUGGGCUAUUUGAACAAUCGAUCAGUAGAGUUUGUUAACAUAUACAGUGCCUUCAUACCCCUUGACUUAUUCCACAUUUUGUUGUUACAGCCUGAAUUCAAAAUAGCUUAAAUCGUUGUUUUCUCAUCCAUCUACACACAAUACCCCAUAAUGACAAACUGAAAACAUGUUUUUAGAUUUUUUUGCAAAUGUAUUGAAAAUGAAAUACAGAAAAAUCUAAUUUACUUAAGUAUUCACACCCCUGUGUCAAUACAUGUUAGAAUCACCUUUGGCAGUGAUUACAGCUUUGAGUCUUUCUGGGUAAGUCUCAAAGCGCUUUGCAUACCUGGGGCCUAAUUUAUCAAUAUUGCGUAGAAACUAUUCUUAAAUACUACUUUCGAACGGAAUUUAGAAUGUUCAUACGCGUAGAAAAAGUAAUACGCACACCGGUAGGAGAUAACCAUUGAUAAAUACCAAUUGUUCUUAACCUCAGUGCUCAUGCAGGACCUUGGCUAUUUGCAUUUCUAAACGCCCCUAAUUAACCAUAUUGUUCAAAAUCAUCCCUGUGUGUAAUAUACAAUGCCGUACCAUGAAAUACAUUGCAAGCAAAAUAAAAACAAAUCGGCAAGCACCCGCUGAAAAGUGCCAGUUGCCAAAAACACGAGGGUGGAUGGCACUUGGAUGUGCACAGGAAUGGCAUGUUUGCCGUUUUAAAGUAGGUCUUAAAUCCUCGCAAAAAUCCUAUGAGAUUGGUUUUGGAAAACGAUAUCUGAUGAGAAAAGAAAAAGUCCCACCUGUCUCUAAAAACGCGCUCUCUGCAAAAUGCAGCGUGUGCCAAGUCUUCCAACAGAGCAAGAUCAACCUCUCAUUCAAUUUCACAUUAUUUCAGUCUUUUAUAGUAUUUCAACAAUGGUUUUACUUUCACACGUGCCUCUAAUUUAACAAAUUACUGUACUUUAUAUGGAUUAUUAUCGUAACAAAUGCACUGAUGUGGUCAAAUUAUAUGCCUGUCAAGAUAUGUUGCAUGAAUUCACAAUGUAAAUACAAUGAAAUCGAAAAAUGAUUUACCGUGGCACUAGAGGCACAUGGCUUCCUCCUCUGUUCCUUGUCAACAGAUUGUUUACCUUGACAGAUCAUUGUGACUCAUCACCUCUGUGCAGCAGCAGCCUCCCUAGGCCGGGGGCGGGGCUCAGCCCUCCUGAGCCUAAUGCACUUAGCCAAUCAAACAUGACUCAUGCCUUUCUGCAUGCAGCCCUGCUACAUCUCAUACAUCAGUCACCAAGUGUGCUGUCCUCUGUAGCUCAGCUGGUAGAGCACGGCGCUUGUAACGCCAAGGUAGUGGGUUCGAUCCCCGGGACCACCCAUACACAAAAAUGUAUGCACGCAUGACUGUAAGUCGCUUUGGAUAAAAGCGUCUGCUAAAUGGCAUAUUAUUAUUAUUAUUAUUAUUAUGCUGCUGGAAUGAGAUGGUGCUCUGAAUUUUGGAAUAUAGGCUCUGUUAACACUGGUUAGAGGGGUUUCAAGGCAUGCCUUUAGAAAGGAUCAGUAUGGAAAAGGUAUGCACUCACUAACUGUAAGUCCCUCUAGAUAAGAGCGUCUGCUAAAUGACUAAAAUGUAAAAUCAGGAUCCAACAUUCAAGCUCGUUUUGUGUGACUGUGUUGUUGAGAGGCCUGUCAUAAAAUGUAAUGGGGCAUACGCAUGCUCCAUUACAACAAUAAUGUAACAAAGGCUCAACUGCCAUCAUCUGCAUCUGGGUUGGUUUUGAGUGCAUCUUAAGGCAACUAUUCAUGUCUAAGCUGAUUACAACAUUUAUUACAUGGAAUGCCUCAGACUGACUCCCUGUCAGUCACGCAUGCUGAAUAGAGUGGCCAUGGAGACACUGAAAAUCAAAUUUGUCACAUGCAUGUGUAAACCUUACUGUGAAAUGCUUACUCACAAGCCCUUAACCAACAAUUUAGUUCAAGAAAUAGAGUUAAGAAAAUAUUUACUAAAUAAAAUAAAGUACUUUUUAAAAAUAAAAAGCAACACAAUAAAAUAAUAAUAACAAGGCUAUAUACAGGGGGUACCGGUACCGAGUCAAUGUGCGGGGGUACAGGUUAGUCAAGGUAAUUUGUACAUGUAGGUAGGGGUAAAGUCACUAUGCAUAGAUAAUAAACAGCGAGUAGCAGCAGUGUAAAAAAAGGUGGCCAUUUGAUUAAUUGUUCAGCAGUCUCAUGGCUUGGGGGUAAAGCUGUUAAGGAGCCUUUUGGACCUAGACUUGGCGCUCCAGUACCGCUUGCCGUGCGGUAGCAGAGAGAACAGUCUAUGACUUGGGUGACUGGAGUCUUUGACAAUUAUUUUGGGCCUUCCUCUGACAACUCCUAGUAUAUAGGUCAUGGAUGGCAGGAAGCUUGGCCCCUGUGAUGUACUGGGCCGUACACACUACCAUCUGUAGCGCCUUACGGUCAGAUGCCGAGCAGUUGCCAUACCAGGCGGUGAUGCAACCGGUCAGGAUGCUCUCGAUGGUGCAGCUGUAGAACGUUUUGAGGAUCUUUUCAGUCUCCUGAGGGGAAAAGGUGUUGUUGUGCCCUCUUCAUGACUGUCUUUGUGUGUUUGGACCAUGAUAGUUUGUUGGUGAUGUGGACUCCAAGGAACUUGAAACUCUCGACCCACUCCACUAAAGCCCCGUCGAUGUGAAUGAGGGCGUGUUCGGCCCUCCUUUUCCUGUAGUCCACGAUCAGUUCCUUUGUCUUGUUCACGUUGAGGGAGAUGUUGUUGUCCUGGCACAACACUGCCAAGUCUCUGACCUCCUCCCUAUAGGCUGUCAUCGUUGUCGGUGAAGCAGAGGCACUGGAUUUGGCCACUAGUCAGUGGCAAUCCAGGAGAGACACUGUUGUCGUUGACGUUUGAGUGUGUGUCUGUGUGCUUGCUCUGCAGUGAGACCCAGACAGACCACACCAUCUGCCUGUGACGCAGCCCAGUCUCCUCUCUCUUUCUCUCUCUUUUCUAAUUAAUUCUCCCUCCGGCGAACACUGUGCUUAUAGAACUUCUUGCUCAGAGGAUGCUGCUCUGCUCACCCCCCACAAAAGGAACGAGCCUCUACAUUAUUGAGGAUAUAAUUAAUCUUAAGCACCCUCUCUUUAGCCUCUUAAUCAGUAUGGCUUUCACCACCUAACUUUAACAUUUCUAUCUCAACAUCAUCUCUGUAUUCAUACUGCAGUGCCGCUUGUGAACAACAUGCUUAGUAUGGCUGUAACAAUACCAGUGUUGUAGACGUGGAUAGUAUCGACUAUCCACCUCUACGCUGAUUACUACAUUUAUUACAUGGAAUGCCUCAGCUAGGGCUGUGACGAUACAAGGAUUGCAAUAUUUUUUUCCAUGACAAAAAUGAAAACGCGAAGCAAACUCUUUGAAAUUUGACGUCUGACUUGUUGGAAAGGUAUCAUCCUAUGACGGUGCCACGUUGAAAGUCACUGAGCUCUUCAGUACGGACAUUCUACUGCCAAUGUUUGUCAAUGGAGAUUGCAUGGCUGUGUGCUCGAUUUUAUAAACCUGUCAGCAACGGGUGUGGCUGAAAUAGCCAAAUCCACUUAUCUGAAGGGGUGUCCACAUACCAUGUAGUGUACAUACACGUUUACUUCAGGAGGAUGGUCUCAACACACUCCAAUGGAAUAUGGAUGCGUGCAAAUUUGCUACAGCAGCAUUGAGGCUAAUCAGACAGGUUAUGUUAAUUGUGCAAAUACAAGCUGUACGUUUUUUGCCUCCUGUGGUGGAAGGAUGAAAAUUGAGGUUGAAACAGACACACAAACAAACUUUGUUCCUUGUACUGCAAUCAGUGUGCGGUACACUCACAGAAACCCUCCCUACUGUUUAACAGAAAUGAACCACCUCUGGUUCUACCUUUUUCGGUCUUCAUUCGGCACAGAGGCUAACGUGUUAUGUCUGUGUCCCCAGGCUGCAGGAGAAGGUCCAGGAAACCAUUGAGGCGCUGCGUCUGGCCGGGAUCAAGGUGUGGGUGCUAACCGGGGACAAGCACGAGACGGCGGUCAGUGUCAGCCUCUCCUGCGGCCACUUCCACCGCACCAUGAACAUCCUGGAGCUGGUGCAGCAGAAGUCUGACAACGAGUGUGCCGAGCAGCUCCGACAACUGGCAAGGAGGUAGGACACUGUCACUCACAUCUACCACCAUGUUUCCCAAUGCUCUUCAUGUCACUCACUCACUAUGUCUAUGAUCCAUGUGUCCUGGGUUGACUAGUCUACAUGCCCUCAUCAGCAGGUUGUUGUAUUCAGGGUGCAAUAAUGAAGUAUAGAAGGCAGAGAUUAACGUCAUAUUUAUCGUUCAUGAUCAAUGAUGAGUGUUAAGGACAGUGCUCUCCAAUGAAGAGAAUCACUGUGUAGUGUGAACAUGUCAGAAUGUUGUCAGAGCAGCUCUGGGAACCUUCUGUUCUGUAUCACCACUGAUACAGUCCCUUUUUCAAUGGUCCUUGGCUUAUUAAUGGUGAAGGAGGAGUCUCGGUGCAGGUCCCCUGGGGGGAGACUAUCAUUAGGCACGAUGCGCCGCGGAUGACUCAGUUUGGAAAGCGGAGAAGAGUUGCCAUAGCACUCUAACUGAAUUUGGAAGAUUAUUAUUUUUUUGUAGAGGUAGUCACGACACUAAUCCUCCCACAUACCACCCGUGCUGCGUGACAAAUUAUGGAAAUGGUUAUGAGAAAUCAUGACCAUUAAUAUGUUUUUAUUAAAUUCCAUUUAAAAUAAGUUGAUUAUAUUCGGAGAUUAUGCAUAACCCUUCCAGUGAUGGCCCAUUUGUGAGAUGCACUGUAGUCUCCUGUAGUUCAGUUGGUAGAGCAUGGCGCUUGCUACGCCAGGGUUGUGGGUUCGUUUCCCACGGGGGGCCAGUAUGAAAAUGUAUGCACUCACUAACUGUAAGUCACUCUGGAUAAGAGCGUCUGCUAAAUGACUAAAAUGUAAAUGUAAAAUGUAGUGUGUGUGUGUACGUCCUGUGCCGUGAGGACCUCUAUGCUAAGGCUGUAUAGUUAUACCUGCUCUCCUCUGUGUUCGUGUUUGUGUGUGUGUGUGUGUAGGAUCAAAGAGGACCAUGUGAUCCAACAUGGCUUGGUGGUGGAUGGGGCCAGCCUGUCUCUGGCGCUGCGGGGGCACGAGAAGCUCUUCAUGGAGGUGUGCAAGAACUGCUCUGCCGUGCUGUGCUGCCGGAUGGCGCCCCUGCAGAAGGCUAAGGCAAGUUACCUUACUGUCACUGCUUCACCUCACUACCAGCCUAUUAGGGCUUUCCUUUAUGAAUAGAGCCAGUGAACAGCGCUAUUCGGAUUUCUCUCAUGCUCUGUCAAGAAUUAAGAACAAAUGUAUUGUUAAUGUAAAGAUGAUUGUCUACUGACAGGCUACAUACUUACAUCCUAGUAGAAUGAACAUACUGUAUGAUUGAAAUAGAGGUUACAACAGAUUAAAACAGUGCACUCUUACAACUCACUCACAACCAAUGUUGGGGAACAUUAGUUUUAAAACGCUACGCUACAACGUUAGUCGUUACAUUACUUUUUUGUUACCAAAAACAGAAAACCCUCUGAAGAUGUGUUGGUCAUUCUUAUGCGCAGUAGCGGUAGCACACUACCUUUUGAAUGGCUUAUAACCUACGUCCAUAUCACUCUGUGCUAUACUAACUCAUGUAACAAUGACCGAUGCAAUAUCUCCUUUACAAUACUUAAAUACAUAUGUAAAACCAACUAGGCACAGUAAAAGGAGAGCUCAAAUAGCUUACAAGAACAACUGGCUACCAAUCUGUUGUACAGAUACGAACUGGGCAGCGAGAUUAUAUGUAAAACUAGGCCUAUACGAUCACAUUGUGCGCUUUUAGUACCCUUUUUAACGUUAGCUAGCUAGCUACAUCAUAUCAAAGCUGUUGUCUGGUUUGCUUGGUUAGCUAGCUAGCUAAUAGCCAAUGCCAUGGCAAGGAAGGUUGGAAUUAAGAUAGCCUGUUAUGCUAGCGACGAUGCUAACCGUUUAGCUAUCUAGCUAACGUUAGCAAGCUAAAUACAUGGAUCGAAGUCUGGCUGGCACUGGCAGGUGUAAGGGGUAACGUUACUUACAGCAUGGUGAAUUAAAUUCAACAUCUUGCUAGCUAGCUAGCUAGCAACAAUAGCCAGCUGCAGAGUCACAUAUUGGCUACCUAGCAACAUGACAUCAUUUCUAAUUUCUGGAGGAGGUGGAAACUCAAUUCGAGCUAGCCCACCAAGGCCAACCCGGGUUCACUUCAAAGUGCCAAUGGAAAACGGGGCUUUAGUGCCCUUUCCUUUAUAGCGAAGAGAGAGCUGGAGAAAUGUCAAUUCUUAUUAACUGAGCUUAACUUGUUCACCAACGUUGUUUGCUAUUAAAUAAACAGGGCACUCGCCUGAACCCGAUGAUCCGCGUGAAUCCUGCGAGUAGCGUCAGUCAAGAUUCGAGGGGUAACAUCUGUUCUUUUCUUCUACCAAUUCAAAAUAGUUCCACAAUGUAUUCUCUGGCAUCUCGCUAGUUAUCUCGCUACUAGCCAGCUACCCACGACAACGUUCGUGCAGAAACAGAAAGAGUGCGAACCAGAGUGAACACAGCCUAGGGGGAGGGAUUUUCAUUUUUUAUUUGCACCAACAAAGAAAAAGCUAAAUAAUAUUGUAAAAGUAACUGAUUACUUAAAUUGAAAAACGAACACCUUGUUACCACAAAAAGUAAUCUGAGUACUCUAACCCGUUACUUUGUAACGCAUUACCCCCGACACUGCUCACAACAGUGCACUCUUACAACUCACUCACAACAGUGCACUCUUGCAACUCACUCACAGCAGUGCACUCGUACAACUCACUCACAGCAGUGCACUCUUACAACUCACUCACAGCAGUGCACUCGUACAACUCACUCACAGCAGUGCAUUCGUACAACUCACUCACAGCAGUGCAUUCGUACAACUCACAACAGUGUACUAUUACAAAUCACUCACAACAGUGCACUCUUGCAACUCACUCACAGCAGUGCACUCGUACAACUCACCACAGCAGUGCACUCGUACAAAUCACUCACAGCAGUGCACUCGUACAACUCACUCACAGCAGUGCACUCGUACAACUCACAACAGUGCGUUAUUGCUACUCACUCACAAAUCACUCACACCAGUUAAUUCUUGCAACUCACUCACAACAGUGCACUCUUGCAACUCACCCACAACAGUGCACUCUUGCAACCACUCACAACAGUGCACUCUUGCAACUCACUCACAACAGUGCACUCUUGCAACUCACUCACAAACAGUGCCACUCUUGCAACUCACUCACAACAGUGCACUCUUGCAACUCACUCACACAGUGCACUCUUGCAACUCACUCACAACAGUGCACUCUUGCACUCACUCACAACGUGCACUCUUGCAACUCACUCACAACAGUGCACUCUUGCAACUCACUCACAACAGUGCACUCUUGCAACUCACUCACAACAUGCACUACUUGAAACUCACUCACAACAGUGCACUCUUGCAACUCACUCACAACAGUGCACUCUUGCAACUCACUCACCAACAGUGCACUCUUGCAACUCACUCACAACAGUGCACUCAUGCAACUCACUCACAACAGUGCACUCUUGCAACUCACUCACAACAGUGCACUCUUGCAACUCAUCACAACAGUGCACUCUUGCAACUCACUCACAACAGUGCACUCUUGCAACUCACAACAGUGCACUCUUGCAACUCACUCACAACAGUGCACUCUUGCAACUCACUCACAACAGUGCACUCUUGCAACUCACUCACAACAGUGCACUCUUGCAACUCACUCACAACAGUGCACUCUUGCAACUCACUCACAACAGUGCACUCUUGCAACUCACUCACAACAGUGCACUCUUACAACUCACUCACAACAGUGCACUUGCAUGACAUGCACAAAUUGUCUUAACUUCCUUAAAAUGGAUAGCUAUUUCAGUUUAAUCUUUUGGUUUCUCUGAGUUUUGUAUUAGUGGUCAAUGCAGUGGAGAGUAGAGUAUCUGGCCAGUGCUGUGGUUUUAUCUGCAGUGUUACAUUAAAGGUUAAUUGCUGUGGACAUGCUCCUGGUCUCAUUUGGACUGCUUCUUAAUGAGGAUUUUAUGCUGCUUGGCAGGUGGUGAGAUUGCUGAAAACAUCUCCAGAGAAACCCAUCACUUUAGCCAUUGGGGAUGGAGCCAAUGAUGUCAGCAUGAUUCAAGAAGCCCAUGUUGGCAUAGGUAAGUCCUCCACCCCAUCAAAUUACAGUAGGGUCGUGCCACCUCAAAGCACAAGAAAGAGGAUUUCGACACCCACCAUCUCAGAUUGUUCUGAAAUCGUUUCUGUUGUUAGAUAAGAUUAGCAUUCCUCCAACAUUAUAUUGUUGAAAUAUAAUUUGAUCUCUGACAAAAUAAGCUGCACCCAAAUUGGCCAUUUUUAAUUUAUAGGAUUAAUAUAAUAUUCAAGAAAUAGAGUACCUAGCAUCCGAUUUGGACCAAACUUUUUUCUAACAAUGAAUUAGACAUGAGGAAUCCAAAGAAAUGGUCGUAAGCCACCCACAGUCCUACCCACGCCAAAUAUAAUAUAUGAGUAUAUAGUAAGUAUUAGUUGUCUAAUAGCAGGAACAGCACCAACUAGUGGUCAGAACUUGGUAAUAUCAGGAUGUAGGAUGGGACAUAAACCCAACAACUUCAAUGACAAAUUUCUCUGAACAGGAAAAAAAUAACAUCACAAAAUUCACUGAGAAUACAUUGCAUAGGAUGAAGAAACAAUACUCAGAGCCGCAGCUCCAUACUACUUGUCAAACAUGGAGAACUGAUACUAUUGACUCGUUGUUGGGGUGGGGUGUAGGGGGUUCUGUGGAUGGCUUUUGACCACUUCUUUGGAUUCCUCAUGUCUUACUCAUUAAUAGAAAAAAGUUUGGUCCAAAUCGGACGUUAGGUACUACAAUGAUUGAAUAUUAUAUGAAUCCUAUAAAUUAAAAUGGACAAUUUGGGUGCAAUCAAUUAGCUUAAUUUCUCAGAGAUCUAAUUUUAUUUCAACAAAAUAAUGUUUCCGGAAUGCUUAUCUUAUCUGUUUCUAACUACAGAAACGAUUUCAGAACAAUUCAAGAUGGUGGGUGUCAUGGCUUGCUGAAAUGGCAUGGAACGACCCAAUAACCAAUUACUCAAUACUGUAUUUUUUUUGUAGUUUCAGUACAAAGUGGCUAAUAACAGACUUCAUUUUUUCAGGAAUCAUGGGCAAGGAGGGAAGACAAGCAGUACGAAACAGUGACUAUGCAAUAGCAAGGUUUAAAUUCCUUUCCAAAUUGCUGCUUGUCCAUGGCCACUUCUACUACAUUAGAAUAGCAACCCUUGUACAGUACUUUUUUUACAAGGUGAGUUCAGUGUUUAAGGAUGCUUUGCAGUGUCCUAUACAAUGAAAACCAAUACAGGAGCUAGAUGUGAUUGUCUCGGGUCUAAAUCACUUUUUGUCUUCUUUUAGAAUGUGUGCUUUAUUACGCCCCAGUUUUUAUACCAGUUCUUCUGUCUGUUUUCACAACAAGUAAGUGUCUUUCAAUGUCUCAUUAGUUCUAUUUGUUCAUUUUUUGUGGUCCCUUAUUACUGUUGCUUUGUGAGUGUUGUAUCAGUGUACUGUGUUCUGUGUGAUCAACAUCCCUGUUGUUCUGAAGGUACCACGUGUAGCUUUAUCUCCCCUGUGGGAUCAACAACUCUAACUGUCCAGGUUUGGAUCAACAACAUAUAAAUUAGCCAAAUGUAGGACCUAGUUGAUGGUGGAUAAAGAACGGAAGUGAUUUUCUUGGCAGGUGUGUGUGCUGUGUUGUACAUGGCCCGGGGUUAUGUGGCAACUUUGGCCUACCUCGUUGUUGUGUCCCUGUUUCUCCAGACUCUGUAUGACAGCGUCUACCUGACGCUCUACAACAUCUGUUUCACCUCCCUGCCCAUACUGGUGUACAGCCUGUUUGAGCAACUGGUCCAUCCGCAUGUGCUGCAGAGCAAGCCAGUGCUCUACAGGUAGGACAUGGUGUUCUAUUUUACAUAUUUUUUUUUUCAAUACAGAAUGAGGCUGUACCUCCAUUAGAUGCAUUUACAUGAAAACAUGACAAGUAUUUGCUAACGGACAGUACUAUCCCUUUUUAUCCCUCCACACCAACAGAGACAUCAGCAAGAACUGCCUCCUCUCCUUCAAGACCUUUUUGUACUGGACACUGCUGGGCUUCUGCCACUCAUUUGUCUUCUUCUUUGGUUCCUACAUCCUGAUGGGGGAGGACACAUCUCUCAUGGGGAAUGGACAGGUGAGGGUGGCUGGGCCAGGCUAGGGCUGCAUGUACUGUACCAUCUGCUCUACCUCUGGUAGUGGUCCUGUUGGGGGAGAGGGGGCCAGAUAUCCACCCCCCCACCUGGCUUGGCCUGACGGUGGGAACCUGACUUUGAACCUGAUUGUACCUGACUUUGAACCUGAUUGUGAAUUUUAUGUGCAGAUCUCUGGGAAUAUUGAUUGGGUGUUUUACCUAGACACAGUAAUAUGAAAUAUUGAUCUUUCAGUUUAAGUUAGGCAGUGUGAUGGCAGUAAUUUCUAGACUGUUCCAGGAGGCUGCCUGUGUUGUGAUGGUUCUAUUCAUGCUGCAGCCCUCUUUCUCUCUCUAUUCUGUCUGUCUGUGUCAGUCUUUCUACUAGAUCAGGGGUGGGAACGGACUCAAUAUACUUUAAAAUGACUAAAACCAAAUCGAAACGGUGAAGAAAGGAUAAUGGACCUACAUUCAUACAGUUUCUUGACUGUGUCCAGCUUGCUAAUAAUCACCUAAAUGAAAGCUAGACAGUCAGGGAGCAUCAAAUUCCCCAAAUGAUGGAUAGAGGACUAUUUCUUUGCCAGUUUUGACGGUGAGGAAAUAUAUCAAAUUUUCCUUGCGGCCCUCCAGACCUCGUUGAAGACCGAAUGCGGCCCCCAGGGCAAAAUGAGUUUGACACCCCUGUACUAGAUUGAUGUGAGGUGUUGUUGAAAAAGCACUCACCAUGUUGCUCUUUUUCGCUUGUCGUUCUUUCUUUUGUUUAUUUUCUUCUUCUUCUCCCUCUUUUCAUGCUCUGCAUGUCGUCAGAUUUUGAGAGCUAACAGACAACUGGUAAGAGUUGACUGAAUUACAGUGGAUGCAUGCCCGUCAUAGUUACUACCCUGACAUCUGUUGCUAUAAUUGGUCCAUUCUAUAUCAGCAUCCUGCUUGGUUAUGCUUUUGAUGAUGUGCCAUGUUUCUCAGUGUGAGUGAUGAUGGCUAGUUGGAGACACUCACUUCAAUAGCUUUCAGAGAAUCAGUAACUUCCAGUGUCUCCACAAGUUUGUCAUCAAUUUAGCUUACAAGGCUUAGGCCUAGUCUUCUGGAAAGCUGUGUCUAAUACACUGAGUGUAUAAAACAUUAAGAACACCUGCUCUUUCCAUGACCAGGUGAAUCCAGGUGAAAGCUAUGAUCUCUUAUUGAUGUCACUUGUUAAAUCCACUUCAAUCAGUGUAUAUGAAGGGGAAGAGACAGGUUAAAGAAGGAUUUUUAAGCCUUAAGACUAUUAAGACAUGGAUUGUGUAUGUGUGCAUUUGAAUGGGUAUGGUAGUAGGUGCCAGGCGCACCGGUUUGUGUCAAGAACUGCAAUGCUGCUUGUUUAUUCACGCUCAACAGUUUCCCGUGUGUAUCAAGAAUGGUCCACCACUCUAAGGACAUCCAGCCAACUUGACACAACUGUGGAAAGCAUUGGAGUCAACAUGGGCCAGCAUCCCUGUGGAAUGCUUUUGACACCUUGUAGAGUCCAUGCCCCGACGAAUUGAGGCUGUUCUGAGGGAUAAAGGGGGGGGGUCAACUCAAUAUUAGGAAGGUGUUCCUAAUGUUUGGUAUACUCGGUGUACAUCCCUAUUAAAGCAUUAUUCCUAUGAUAGAUGUUAUGCCAUUGUAUUGUCUAUGUGAACAUUUUUAAAUGUUUUAUUUUAUUUGUCUUGUAGAUGUUUGGAAACUGGACCUUUGGCACUUUGGUAUUCACAGUAAUGUUCAUCACUGUUACACUGAAGGUAAAUAAUGUUAUUUCAGUUUUUGCAAUUGUUUGAUUUAUAAAUAAUUCUAAAAGCAAUCCCACAUGAAAUCUAUCACUGUUUGAUAUUGUUGUCACGGUCACCUCACUCCUCUGUGCUCUCCUAUGGCCUUUCACAUGCUGUUCUGACCAAACUACAUGUUGUUUCUCCUCGCUGUCAACAGCUGGCCUUGGAGACCCACUUCUGGACGUGGAUGAAUCACUUUGUUACCUGGGGCUCCAUCGCCUUCUACUUCGUCUUCUCCCUGUUUUAUGGGGGAAUCAUCUGGUAAGCUGAGCUGCCAUCUUUUUCCCACACAACCUGUGGAUGUCUUGUACACAUGGCACUCCAGUGUAUAUAUAGUAUGUGAUAAGACCAACAAGUGUAAUUGUACUGCAUGUGGCAUACAAUUUCACCUGUUUUACAGUGGCUAGCAUCGCUAUCUCUAUUGUCUUCUCAGACAGUCAAAAAGCUUCAAGUUUCAUUCCAGGCUCUACUCACAGGGUUAGUUGAGCCUCAACAGAUGUUGGCUGGCUAACAGUGUAAUUCUCUGUGACCUUUGCCCCCCUCCAGGCCUUUCCUCCACACCCAGGACAUGUACUUUGUCUUCGUCCAGCUGCUGUCCAGCGGCUCUGCCUGGUUCGCAAUCAUCAUCAUCAUAAUCACCUGCCUUUUCCCUGACAUCAUCAAGAAGGUGUUCUACAGGCACCUCCAGCCCACCAGCACCCAGAGGUCUCAGGUAGGACACCCAGGGACAGGGGAGGGGGGGAAGGGGUGGGCGGCUUGUUGCUAACCCACAGGACACCCUCACAGCAACGUUGUGGUAACGGACUAUACACUGACAGGAAACGCAUGACAAUUGCACCACAGCGUGGCUUCUCACCUCACAGACAACACAAGAACAACAAUUCACUGUGCAACUGACAAAGGCAUGCUCAAAACAACGGCGGCAUCUCUGUUCCAGCUCUAAACCUACCGUGUCUGCUAGGUGGGAGAGCUUGACGGUAGAUGCCAGAUGGUAGGAGCAUAUUAAUCAACAUGAACACCAUUGUUUUUUGAAAACAGCCUCUUCAAGCAGCCUUUUCAACAGUUGUGUUUUUGUGGUCGCAAUUUCCUCUUUGCUUAAAAGGUUGACAUUGAUACGCCCAGUUUUUUCGUUUGUUUAUACUUAUUGGCCUUACUUAUUGGCCUUUUUUGCAUCAAAUAGUUGUUCAGUCAGCAAUUCUAACAUCCCCACUCUGUAAUGGAGAAAGUUGACUGUUAAAGUGCUGCUCAGCGGUUCUUAGAAGAUGAAAGAGAAUUUCUUCCUUUCUCAGGCUGGUGUGUGUGUGUGUGUGUGUGUGUGUGUGUGUGUGUGUGUGUGUGUGUGCGCACGCGCACAUGUGUAUGUUUGAGUGUGUUAUAAUCAGCCUCUGUUUGUGUCUUACUACUGUGUCUACCAUGUAUGUGUCUUCUUCCCUCCUAACUGACCGUCUGUGUGUUCCGCCCUUCCCUCCUCCCUCUGCUCUGUAGAUGUACUCCAACCGAGUCGCUAUAAGUGAUGACUUCAUCGCUCUGCAGCCUCUCUCCAGAGCCAAGAAUCAGCUGGGCAAAAUUAGGUAGAGUAGGAGGGCCGUGCUGCCUAAUAAGUCUUGUCUGCAUGCAGAGGACAAACUAACUAACCAGCAUUCUAGGGAAAAGAGGAAAAGGGAAUGGGGGUAAAAAAAGGAGAGGAAAGGAAAAGUCUAAGGCACUUUGUUAUGCACCCCUGCAUGUUGGCCCUAGGAAAGCCUCUAUCAACUGCAUGCCACUUCAGGUUAGCAUAGAAGUCCCAGUGCUCUCUGCAUUGGGCAGAGCAGCCCCUCACUGCAGCAUGGUGCAGCAGCCAUAAUAUAAAGCUCCAGCCAUAACGGCACGUGGAGCACAGCUUGAGUCUGUUUAAUGUAUGCUGCUAAUUAGUAACUCUGAGGCCCAAAAUUAUAGUUAGCAAAAGCUUCAAAGCUGCUAGCUGGUGAAUGCUAUUUCCAUAGGAGUUUAUUCAUUGUAUCUCAAGAUCAUAGUCUGGACAGCAUGCUCUUAAACAGUAGCAUUACUUUCUUAAGAUAUGCACAAUGAGCAGAGAAAAUGAAGACCACUCCAUUCAAAAGCAAGUGAUCAAUUUCCUAAUUGGAUUGACUUGUUUACAGAAUAAUUGCUAAGCCAAAUUAUACAUGAAUUCCUCAGUCAUCCAGUUACAGUUGAUCACUUUACAUAAUUGAGAGUGCACUGAAAUUACUUAACUGGCUCAUUGGUUCUUUGGAACAUCUUUGUGCCCAUUCUCCUAGUUAAAAUGUUAGUGUACACUAAUUGUUUUGGACACAAAUUGAUAAGUGGCUGCUAUGCGGCUAUCCUAUAUUACCUCCUAUGGAUGUGGGAGUAGUUUUUGUGCUCAUUCAUCUUGUUCUCUCCUGUUUCCUUCUGUCCGGGAGACCUAAUGGGUUGUUUUGUGCUUCUAGAUGGAAGAGGAUAAGAGUUCAGUCAGCUCAGAAUAUGACUCUGCUGAAAGCUGGAGCCGAGGGGAGGACAAUUGGCAACAGCUAGCUGCUUCUCCUCCCCCCGCCCAAGGCCCAGCCCUAUGCUCCCCUAGGUAGUAGUCCUACUCCUUCCCUGGCCCAGCCAGGCCAGGCCUUUCAGUGUGUGUGGGUCCUCCCCUGGACUGCCAUCGUCCACCCAUCCCCAUAUAGCCCUGUCCCGCCCUCCGUCCUGUCCCGCCACAUUGACCAGAGCCACCCCCCCUAGAGACUUUAGCUGGGAUCCUAUCAGGGCCUGAUCACCCUGGGUGGUGGGAGAGUGCUGGCACGUUUGUUUAACUGUCCUCUCGAUGUUGUCACCCUUCGUUCUCAUGUCUGUCUGGAUACUACAGCAUUCUGCCCUACGUGAUCACAAAACCCAACCUCACUUAAUCAUGAUUUGUGUCAUUGUUCACCUUUCUGUCUGUGUAUGUAAGCAAUAAUGUGUAUGCAUGUUUUAUUAGCCUAAAUGCCUUUACACAAGCAAAAGACUGAAGCUCAUUGUAUCAAACAAACCAUAUUUUUCUACAUAUUUUUCAUUUCAAUAUAUGAUAACCCUACCAGCAUAUGGCAAAUUGAUUGUGCUGUAAUUUUUCUUUGGCUUGGUCUUUAGAUUAAAUGCCUUUUUGUAAGCCAUUUUUUCUUUUUGGUGUUCCCCAUCAUUUAACUUCAUAUACCUCAUCCCUGACUUCAUUUAAUCAAAUCAAUGGAAAGGUUACUAUUUCACCUCAUUAAUAACAAAGAUUAUGAUUGUUAAUAGAUCUAAUGUAUCUCAACUUAGUCGAACUCAUAUGUAUUCCUGAUUUUGUAUUUUUUGGUGGGUUGUAGAUGUUCUUGGGUUCUUGAUGUUCUUGAUGGCUUCUAUGUUGUUGAUGGGUCUAGCUAGUUGACAAUUGUGUAGUUCGGUGUGACUGGUGUGAGUUUCCUGUUUGUGCCAACACAUGCUAUCCAAGGUGUUAAUUUACAGGGGUGGUAAAUCAUGUAGGAAAUGAUCAGAGGGGGAGGCUGAAUUAAAGUAACUGUCUGGUGGAAAUGUUACUUUUAAAAGCUCAUCUGUUAACUCAUACCCAAAUAAUGUUGUUGACUCGUCCUAUACUCGUAUUUGUGGCCAAAUUUGAGAUAAAAAAAAAAAAAAAACACUUCAAAAACCCCACCUCUUUACUUGUAUCUCAAACAGACUCUUAAAAAAAUGCUUGCUAUUUCCUCAUAGAGGAUGAUGACAUGUUUUUGGCCAAGAUGUCUCAUUGGCUCAGUGGCUGAGCUGGCCAAUCAGCGGUUUACUUGUCAUGAAUAUUUGUAUUGACCGGUAUACGCCCACACCAUUCUGUUGUUGGCGUAUACCCACACCAUUCAAACACAGAAAAGUUGCUUUUGUAACAUGCUUAAUUCCCAUUUUUGGAAGGAAAACUAUUUAAUUCAUAUUGUAAUUAAUUAUAAGUCAUAUUUCAUAGACAUCUGGAAUCACUGGACAGCUACUUUAACUGUCAAUUAUCACCACCACCUCCAACCAUUUUAGAAGGAUUCCCUAGCGACAGGUCAAGGUGGAAACAUGAAGGAUUUUUGUGUAAUCAGUCUUACAUUUACAUUUACGUCAUUUAGCAGACGCUCUUAUCCAGAGCGACUUACAGUUAGUGAAUACAUAUAUAUAUAUAUAUAUAUAUCUUUUUAUAUUUUUUUUUUCAUACUGGCCCCCCGUGGGAAUCAAACCCACAACCCUGGCAUUACAAACGCCAUGCUCUAUCAACUGAGCUACAUCCCUGCCGGCCAUUCCCUCCCCUACCCUGGACGACGCUGGGCCAAUUGUGCGCCGCCCAUGAGUCUCCCGGUCGCGGCCGGCUGCGACAGAGCCUGGAUUCGAACCAGGAUCUCUAGUGGCACAGCUAGCACUGCGCCACUCAGGAGACUUGUCUUGAACAGUGUUGAUGAGAAUAAUAUCACCUGAAAACUUGCUUGCCAGUUUUUCAUACAGUAUGAUUUGGAGGACAGUGUGUAAGGCAGGAUACAGUAGAAUGAUACAUUCAUGACAGUGUAGCCUAAUUCCUAUUUGGUUCAGUCUUCUUACCACUGUUUCUGCUGUUGUUGCAAAUAUGCAGUAGUUUCUGAGUGGUGGGGAGAGGGGGGAAAUGAGCGUUGUAACCCCAAACCAGUGUCGAUAGUUUUGGGUUGUGUUCAGGGCUGCCGCUGCAGCAGUGCUCUCCUGAGUGCUUACUCAGGAAAAUGAAGAAUUGCCUGUAAGCAAUCAGAGCCGUCGAUGAAUCGACUUUCCUUCACUUAAUGCUAUGCAUUUUAUAUUCGCAAAAUUCUUUGCCUUCGCCAUUCAUUUGCAGCCGUAGAUUGUCUUUGUUUGCGAGUGAAUUGCCAUUUAUAUAUCGUUAUGUGGAACUGAGCUGACUGAUUUUAAGCACAUGUUAGACUGACAUGGCAACUGCCUGUAACUACUGUGUGAUUUGAUUACAUGGCUUGGCCAGGCCAGGCCAGGGACAAGGACAGACUUGCCUUGUCAAAUAUUGCAUCAUUUAUCACUUUUGAAAAAUUAUUGAUAUGAGUCUUUAUUUGAUUGAUUUUCAUCUCCCCAGCUUUGCCGUGUACAUUUGUGUCUGACACCUUGUACAUCAUUACCCACCCCUUGCUGUUGUGAAGAGCUCAUAAUCCCCAACACCCCCUCCUUGCUUCCUGGACAGUCACUGUGCUGUUUCCUUGUGGAUAGUGGGGUGACCUGUGUGUGCUGAUUGUAAUAUUCUCUUGUGCUCUGCCACCCUUCCGUCUCUCUGUUUCUCUCCUCUCUCUCUCUCUCUCUGCAGCUUAUUGAGACCAACUACCAGGGCAUCAGCUGCGUGGACUCCAUGUGCUGCUACUCGGAGGGGGAGAACGGGUGCACCCGGCUGGGCCGGAUGGUGGAGCAAGUGAUGGGCCGCUGCGACCCUGCCCGCGCCAACAGGUGUGACCCCAUGCUCUGUGGCCUCGGCUGCUGCAGGCGCUUCUCCUACAAGCUGGAGUAGGACGAGCCCACUACUCCCCAGGAGUAACCAAAUAGAGAGAGGUCCUAGCCUAGUAGAGCGAGAGAGAGAGAGAGGUAGACUAGACUACGGUCUUACUGGUAGGACAGGCACCCCAGUGACAGCCAAAGGUUUGUAGGGAGGGAGACUAGUAUCAGGAUCGUAGAUCCUGAAUCUUAAAUGGCCUUUAAUGGAGACGUUUAUCUUGUAUGCUAUGAUCAGCUUCAUGGGGUCCUUAUAGUCUAUUUUUCUUCUAUAUUCAGUGGGACAACAUGCUCACCAAUGUAGCCAUGUGUCUAUGUAAUCCGAUCUGUCCUUCCAAGUCUGUACUCUUAUGCAUUUAUUUUAAGUCUUCUUUCACCCGUGGGCUUUUUGUAACCUGUCUUUGUGGCUGAUCAACCUUGUCUUCUUCUGAAGUUUUGUGCUUCUUUUAACUUUUCCAAAGCCUGCCGAGUCAGUGUGUUGCACAGUGAAGGCUAAGCCCAGGUUCAGAGUCCAAGUCUCUAUUGAUCUAUGACAAUGUAUUUAUGCUGAAAGAUCUUUUCAAGAGAAUGCUACCCGAGGUAUAUUUAUUUAAUAAUUAUUAAAGAUGUAGCAUUCUUGUUCUGCAUUUUACUUGUACUCCUGGUCUUGGACUUGCCAAAGUCUGUUAUACUGUAUGUGUUUAUCUAUGGAGAAUGAACGCAUGAUGAAAGUGUGAUGCUUUCUCAGACCCUCCCUUGUCUGCCCAAACAUUGUACUCCACACCCUCACUGUCCCAAAACUGUGAGGUGAGGCGAGCACUGGGAAAGAAAAUGAUCAAAGUUAGACUGAGACUUGUUCCGGCCUUAAUGCUAAGAUACUGCCACUGCAAAGGGGCAGAGAGAGACCCUGCCAUGGGAGGUAUACAUCAGCCCUACUUUACCUUACCCUGUACUGUUACUGAGUGAUGAUGCUUGUGUUUUGACAUGCUGCAGUGUUUUGACAUGCUGCAGUGUUUGGUGUCUGUGUGCCACAGCUGAAACACUGGGAUUACACUCCCUGACAGAGUGAUACUGGAACACUGUAGUCUCAAAAGGAGAAUAGGAGAGUGUUUUUGCUAUUUAUUUUAUACAGUGAAGUACUUGAAGCCUUAUAGGUGCUUUUGAGAGGAGGAGAACUCUGUCUUGUUGCAUGGGACUGCCUUUGGUAUUUUGUAUGCUGAGUAACCAGACGUCGUUGUGUGUUAAUGUAUGUCCCCUGACCUUUUCUAUAACGUUACUCCUCCUCUUGCUUUGCUGCACUUUGUCUGCACUUCUCGUCGUUGCCGCUCUGUGUCUAAAAUCUAGAUAAUAUUCAACUUCCCCCAUCUAAGUUAUUCAUAUGCAGCUGUUAUAUCACCUUGACGUCACUAUUCAAUCUAAUAUUCUGCUGCUUGCCUUGUUCUCUGUUCUGUUAGAUGGCCAUAGACAAUGGACUAAUAGCUUGAUAUCAAGUGGGAGUGCCACUAGACUAGACAAUUCACACCAACAUUUUAGAAGUUACACAGCACCAUGUACAUUCAAGAUCUUAAAACGGUUGUCUUUGUCUGAAAGACGUAAUCCACAUGGCACAUAUAGGGUAUUGUUGAUACUUUUGAUCCAAAGAUAAAAUAAUGAGUAUAGUUUUAUGAUGAACGAGAUUAUGAGAUUCUACAGGAGUCUGAAUAUGGUUGAGAAGUGGUGAGUCUCUACUAUGUUCCCUGGUGACGGUGUUGGCUUAUACAGGCUAUGAAAGAUGGGGGGCCUUGGGCCUUUCCUGAAGGUAAGAGUUGAGCCCUCUUUUCAAGGGCUCUUAGAUAUUAGAUAAAUAUUAUAAUGUUUUUUUACUAUAGAUAUGCAUAUACAUAUAUGUAUACAUACAUACAUACAUACAUACAUACAUACAUACAGCUCUGGAAAAAAAUAAGAGACCACUGCAAAAUUAUCAGUUUCUCUGGUUUUACUAUUUAUAGGUAUGUGUUUGGGUAAAAAUAACAUUUUUGUUUUAUUGUAUAAACUACUGACAACAUUUCUCCCAAAUUCCAAAUAAAAAUAUUGUCAUUUAGAGCAUUUAUUUGCAGAAAAUGACAACUGGUCAAAAUAACAAAAAAUAUGCAGUCUUGUCAGACCUCGAAUAAUGCAAAGAAAAUAAGUUAAUGUUCAUUUUUAAACAACACAAUACUAAUGUUUUAACUUAGGAAGAGUUCAGAAAUCAAUAUUUGGUGGAAUAACCCUGAUUUUCAAUCACAGCUUUCAUGCGUCUUGGCAUGCUCUCCACCAGUCUUCCACAUUGAUGUUGGGUGACUUUAUGCCACUCCUGGCGCAAAAAUUCAAGCAGCUCGGCUUUGUUUGAUGGCUUGUGACCAUCCAUCUUCCUCUUGAUCACAUUCCAGAAGUUUUCAAUGGGGUUCAGGUCUGGAGAUUGGGCUGGCCAUAACAGGGUCUUGAUCUGGUGGUCCUCCAUCCACACCUUGAUUGACCUGGCUGUGUGGCAUGGCGCAUUGUCCUGCUGGAAAAACCAUGUCAGAGCAAAAGGAAGCAAGUUUUCUUCCAGGACAACCUUGUACGUGGCUUGAUUCAUGCGUCCUUCACAAAGAGAAAUCUGCCCGGUUCCAGCCUUGCUGAAGCACCCCCAGAUCAUCACCGAUCCUCCACCAAAUUUCACAGUGUGUGCGAGACACUGUGGCUUGUAGGCCUCUCCAGGUCUCCGUCUAACCAUUAGACGACCAGGUGUUGGGCAAAGCUGAAAAUUGGACUCAUCAGAGAAGAUUACCUUACUCCAGUCCUCUACGGUCCAAUCCUUAUGGUCUUUUGCAAACCUCAGCCUGGCUCUUCUUUGCUUCUCAUUGAUGAAGGGCUUUUUUCUAGCUUUGCACGACUUCAGCCCUGCCCAUAGGAGCCUGUUUCGAACCGUCCUCGCCGUGCACUUCACCCCAGCUGCCGUUUGCCAUUAUUUUUGUAGGUCACUUGAUGUCAUCCUACGGUUGUUGAGUGACAUUCGAAUGAGUUGGCGGUCAUCCCGGUCAGUAGAGAGUCGUUUUCGCCCUCUACCGGUCUGUAACUUUGUUUUCCCCAAUGUCUGCUGCUUGACCUUGUUCUUAUGAACCGCCGUCUUUUACAUUUUAAGGAUGGAAGCAACCUGACGCUUACUGUAACCCUCUGCCAGUAAAGCCAGAAUUGAACCCUUCUUUUCUUCACUCAAAACUUUCCUUUUCAACUCUUUUGGCAUGGUCAAUAGUUAUUUUUUGAUUAAUAUUACUUUUGAGGUACUAUUAGGCCUGUUUUUGCCAUCCAGCUGGUCCUAUUGCAAGAGGAUAGUGAUGACCACAGCAGUGGUUUUUAUACUUUUCCUCGUUAAAUAAGAUUUGGUUCAGGUGAUCACCUAAUCAGUCCCUAAUUCAGUAGAAUGAGGUGUGCCUGUGUUGGAAUUCAACAGACACUGGAAUGGAAUGGCUGUCAUACAUGUAGAGAUGCUGAUUUAAGAAAAAUUUGCAGUGGUCUCUUAAUUUUUUCCAGAGCUGUACAGUGAGGGAAAAAAUAAUUUGAUCCCCUGCUGAUUUUGUACGUUUGCCCAGUGACAAAGAAAUUAGCCGUCUAUAAUUUUAAUGGUAGGUUUAUUUGAACAAUGAGAGACAGAAUAACAACAACAAAAUCCAGAAAAACGCAUGUCAAAAAUGUUAUAUUGAUUUGCAUUUUAAUGAGGAAAAUAAGUAUUUGACCCCCUCUCAAUCAGAAAGAUUUCUGGCUCCCAGGUGUCUUUUAUACAGGUAACGAGCUGAGAUUAGGAGCACACUCUUAAAGGGAGUGCUCCUAAUCUCAGUUUGUUACCUGUAUAUAAAAGACACAUGUCCACAGAAGCAAUCAAUCAAUCAGAUUCCAAACUCUCCACCAUGGCCAAGACCAAAUAGCUCUCCAAGGAUGUCAGGGACAAGAUUGUAGACCUACACAAGGCUGGAAUGGGCUACAAGACCAUCGCCAAGCAGCUUGGUGAGAAGGUGACAACAGUUGGUGCGAUUAUUCGCAAAUGGAAGAAACACAAAAUACCUGUCAAUCUCCCUCGGCCUGGGGCUCCAUGCAAGAUCUCACCUCGUGGAGUUGCAAUGAUCAUGAGAACGGUGAGGAAUCAGCCCAGAACUACAUGGGAGGAUCUUGUCAAUGAUCUCAAGGCAGCUGGGACCAUAGUCACCAAGAAAACAAUUGGUAACAGACUACGCCGUGAAGGACUGACAUCCUGCAGUGCCCGCAAGGUCCCCCUGCUCAAGAAAGCACAUAUACAGGCCCGUCUGAAGUUUGCCAAUGAACAUCUGAAUGAUUCAGAGGAGAACUGGGUGAAAGUGUUGUGGUCAGAUGAGACCAAAAUCGAGCUCUUUGGCAUCAACUCAACUCGCCGUGUUUGGAGGAGGAGGAAUGCUGCCUAUGACCCCAAGAACACCAUCCCCACCGUCAAACAUGGAGGUGGAAACAUUAUGCUUUGGGGGUGUUUUUCUGCUAAGGGGACAGGACAACUUCACUGCAUCAAAGGGACGAUGGACGGGGCCAUGUACCAUCAAAUCUUGGGUGAGAACCUCCUUCCCUCAGCCAGGGCAUUGAAAAUGGGUCGUGGAUGGGUAUUCCAGCAUGACAAUGACCCAAAACACACGGCCAAGGCAACAAAGGAGUGGCUCAAGAAGAAGCAUAUUAAGGUCCUGGAGUGGCCUAGCCAGUCUCCAGACCUUAAUCCCAUAGAAAAUCUGUGGAGGGAGCUGAAGGUUCGAGUUGCCAAACGUCAGCCUCAAAACCUUAAUGACUUGGAGAAGAUCUGCAAAGAGGAGUGGGACAUUUUUGACAUGCGUUUUUCUGGAUUUUUGUUGUUAUUCUGUCUCUCACUGUUCAAAUAAACCUACCAUUAAAAUUAUAGACCGAUCAUGUCUUUGUCAGUGGGCAAACAUACAAAAUCAGCAGGGGAUCAAAUACUUUUUUUCCCUCACUGUAUGUAUGUAUAUAUAUAUUUAAGAUGUCUUAGAUAUUAUACCUAUUUUUGUAUUAGCAGUUUAUAUUCAGUCUAAAUUAGUUCAUAUAUAGUACAGACAAGAACUGAGCUUCAUAUUAUUCAAAUAAAAUGUAGUAUACCUGGUUAUGCAUAGAAGGAUGUAUUAUUCAUAUAAUGACAUUAUGCAGAUAGAGAAGGGAGACGUUGACUGUUUGUGUUCAAGUCAUCCAUGUUAAAUCAUCCUGUACUAACCCUCACUGUACCCACUUUAUUCUCUCUCCUCCUUUUGAGUUUGACUCUGUUUGCUUGUGCUACUCCCCCUGUAGGUUGAAGUGUAGGGCAGGAAAUGAGUCAGGAGACAGGGUUGGGAGGCAGUGGAAGAUGAGCAGGAUGACAGGGCUUCAGUUCCAAGGCAGGGCAUCCUCAUAUCAAUACAGAUAAGGUCUUCAACCACUCCUAUGCCAUGACAUCCCCUUACUGUACCAUGCUAUGGCAAGAUGGCCAUCCCAUCCAACAGUAAAUGAAGAGUCUUUAGGCAGGUCAGAGACAGAUGGAUAGAAGCACUCCAGAGGCAGGUUUUCAGCUUAGUCCUCCUCUACCACCGCCACCCCUCACUCCUCUGUCGUUGAUGCUUUUAGAUCGAGGAGCAACUCGGACCCCUUCUAUUCCAACGACCGGAGCAUCUUGACGCUCUCACCCAUGGAGGCCACUCAUUGCUAA